ACAGUUAUUUUGUACAGCUCUGAACUUGUCCCACUGUUGUCAGGUAUGACAUUUUACAGUAAUAAAAAUCUAGAGGUUUGAGGUUGGUAAGAUUUUUUAAUGUUUUCUUACACACCAAGACUGGAUUUAUUUGAUCCAAAUUUAAAAAUAGUUACAUUUACAUUAUUACAUUUACAUUAUUAUAUUAACAAAAUGUUUGUAUUUAAAAAAAAUAUAUAUAUUAAAAUGUAAUUUACUCCUGUGGUGAAAAUCUGAAUUUUCAGCAGCCAACUACUCCAGACUUCAGAGUCAAAUGAUCCUUCAGAAAUCCCUCUAAUAUCUUGAUUUGGUGAUUAAGAAACAUUUUAUCAUCAAUGUAAAAAAAGUUGUGCGAAAACAGUUUCUGUGAAAACAGUUAUAUAUUUUUAGCCUUCUUUUAUUAAAUAAAUUUGCAUUUGCUUUUUUUACUGUCAAUUUUGAUCAGUUUAUUGUGCCCUUUCUAAAUAAAACUAGAGAAAAAUAUUUACCCCAAACUUUAAAACAGUGUAAAAUUGUAAAUAUUUAUUUAGUUGAAUUAAGGAUACAUAUAUGCAAAAUGUAGGCAAAAUGGGAUGGGCUAUACCUCCUUUGUGGCACGUCUUGGUGUGUCUGUGGCUCCUUUGAUCCUGCUGUCAGAUGAUAUAUGGAGCCAUUUCUCUCAAGUCAUCUUGUCUUCUCUUGGACUCUCUGCUGCUUUUUGUUUUUUUAUUACCUGAGACACGAGGAAGGUGUCUGCCAGAGACUAUAGAGGAUGUUGAGGGAAUCAGGAAAGGCUCUGAUGACUUGCCACUACAGGAAGUGGAUGAACAAUAAGGCAGUAGGUUGAAAUGGAAAGACAAAUUAAUUCUUAGAGAAGUAGUUUUAAUCAGAUCCAAACAGUUAAAUAUGGCAUGACAAACAGCAAAAUACAUUUUGUUAAUGUAGAACAAAGAGUUUGCACCUGAAUUUGAAAAGUGGCUUACAGAGCUCAAUAAUAUGUUACAUAUGAAAACAAAUUAGAUAAGAGAUACCAAUUAAAUGGUUUAUUAAUAAGCAUGCAAUUAGUCAACUAAAAUAAAUAACUACUAGUCGACCAGAAAAAUCCUUAGUUAAGGGCAGCCUUAUAUAUUUAUGAAAUUGUAAAUUUAUAUAAAAAUAUAAUUCAUUUUAUAUAUUUGUUACAAAAUUGUAAAUUUAAGUGUUUACAAUCUGCAGAAAGUUUGUGUUUAUGUCUGUAGAGAAGGAUAUGAAUAAAAUUAUUUAUUUCUUUUGUCCUGUAAAGUGACAAAGGCCUUGGCUUUGAUUUAAUCCUCUUAAUACACAAGUUUUGUGAACCACAGUGAGCAUGGUGGAUUACAGCUCUCAGGUCUGAAAGGUUUUCUAAGACCAGAUCAGCAGGUUUGUGAUUCAAUAAAUAAACAAAAGAUCCAUUUGUACAAAUGACCAUUCAAACACCAUUGCCUAAGAAUGUGUUUCUGCUUUUCCAGUUUUAAUGACAAAUAAACCGUUACUGUUUUAUCUAAGAAAAUCCCUUUUAACAUUAGCAAUUAUUAAAUUAAUUAGCAAUUAUAAAAUAAAAAAAUUGUGUGCCAACUCUGCAAAAAGAUGUAGUUUUAUUAUAUAAUCAGAGACUGAGCUUGCAUUUUUUUUAAACUCCAGAUAUCAAGUCCCUUUACAAUAUCUACCAAAAGAAAACUGAUGAAAAAGAACAGAAACUGUUUAUGAUUUAUUUAUGUUUGAGCAAAUCAUGUAUACUAGUCAAGGUGUACUAGUAAGAUAUCAUCUGUAAGAUAAGGAAAGGUAUCAAUGUCCAUGUGCAUUAAUGAACGGUGCACAAGGUAAGACACUCUUCUUUUACAAGCAUUAAUAACCAAAUCACAAAUCAUUCACCCCCUCUGACAAGCUCUUAAGGGUAGCAGAUUGUCUGAAGAUUGGACACACACACAUUAAACAGACAUACAACCACAGCAGUUUUUUUAAUGAUCAAAGUACAAGAUGCAUAUGACUUCCAGUUGCCUUAACCUUUGAUAUCCCAUAAAAGCUCACCACAUCAACCAGGAUAUUCUGUAUGAAGACACUGAGAAAAGUCAGUGCAUCAACAAAAACCAUGAAGUUCGAAGAUCUAAUUACGGAGAUAAAUGGUUUUGGUAGAUUCCAGAAGAUGAUGCUAUGCAUCAGUUUUGUAGGACGAUUCACUAUACCGUGUCAUUUUCUAUUAAGCAACUUCAUCGCUGCAAUACCAUCUCACCACUGUGAUAUCAGUUCUCUGGAUGCAGAGGGAAUCUUUGGGAAUCUGACUCAGGAGGAGAAACUGACUGUCAGUAUUCCAGCUCAAGAUGAUGGGACUCCUGCUUCUUGUCACAUGUUCUCUUAUCCUCAGUUUCAUCUGUUGACAAACUCCUUCAGCAGCUCAGAACUUCCAGUAGUCCCGUGCCAGAAUGGAUGGGAGUAUGACAACAGCACAUUUAUCAGCACUCUGGUCACACAGUGGGAUCUGGUAUGUGAUAACAAAGGCAUGAGCAAAGCUGUGACCACCAUCUUCUUCAUUGGAGUGAUGUUUGGAGCAGCUUUUUUUGGAGGCAUGAGUGACAGAUUUGGUCGUAAACCCAUGCUACUGGUCUCCUAUAUAUCAGGAAUGGCUUUUGCGUUGGCCAGCACCUUUUCUUCCUCCUUCAUUAUGUUUGCAGUUUUAAGAUUCUUUAGUGGAUUCACCAUCACUGGGAUUGUUAUCAUCUCAUCUGUACUCAAUUUGGAGUGGGUGGACAUUCAACACAGGAGGCUUGUAUGUAUAAUUGACAGUAUGGCAUGGGCUGUUGGGAGCACCUCGUUGUCUCUUUUUGCGUUCUGUAUCAGAGACUGGAGAUGGCUGACGGUGGCCGUCACAUCACCUUUACUACUAUCCACUGUCCUCUGGUGGUGGGUUCCAGAGUCAGCUCGGUGGCUGAUAGCCAAUGGGAAGCAAGAAAAAGCUCAUUAUUAUCUUCAUAAAUGUGCUGUCAUGAACCGCAAGGAGGAAGUUAUCUCAAGAAUUAAACCUGAGGCUCUCUCUAUAAUAGUUACAGAUGAAAGAAAGAAAAAUUAUUCAUACCUGGACCUUUUCAGAACUCCAAAAAUGAGAAGAUUGGCUAUACUAACAGGAACCAUAUGGUUUUGUGUUGCCAUCAUGACCUAUGGUAUAAGCCUCAACAUCACAGGCUUUGGAUUAAAUAUGUACCUCACUCAGUUUGUGUAUGGAGCCAUCGAAGUUCCCUCUAAACUCAUGGUAUAUUACUUGCUGGAGAAGAUUGGCAGACAUAAAACUGAAGCAGGAGCUCAGCUGUUGGCUGGAAUCAGCCUUAUGAUUAAUAUUUUCAUACCCAAAGAUCAGUGGGUUGGUCGUACUGUGGUGGCAGUACUAGGUAAAGGUUUUGCAGUGGCUGCUUUUUGUACAAUUGUAUUAUACAGCUCAGAGCUUUACCCGACUGUCCUCAGACAAAAUGGUAUGGGCUAUAACUCGUUCCUGGGCCGUCUGGGAGUGUGUUUGGCUCCUCUAGUUCUGCUCUUGGACAGUUUUUGGGGACACUUCUCUCAGACCAUCCUGUGUUCUGUGGGACUCAUUGCUUCUGUGGUGGCCUGGCAGUUACCUGAAACACGAGACCAGUGUCUGCCUGAGACUAUAGAGGAUGUCGAGGGUACUAGGAAAAAUCUCAGCAAAGAUCAUGACAAGCUGGAGGACAAGGACAAAAUCAUAACAAAUGAACCCACUGAGGUCCACUGAGAACAUUCAGCCCUAAAAUAAUCCAAAGCUGUUUAGUGUCAUGUUCAGAUCCUAGGGGAGUAAAUGUGCACAAAAAGUAACAAUUUCAAAGUUCUUCCAAAAUAUGUUUUAUUAGCUACACAAGAAUUUACAACUUUCUCCAGUGCCAUGUAAUAAUUGCAUAUAUUUUCUAAAAACAAAUGAAGGUGUGAAUGAAUCUUCAUGUUUGUGAACGAGAAAAACGGGUUUUGAAAGAUGCUAGUGUCAAUUUCUGCUCAUCAGAAUAUGUGCAAUAUGCAUUUGCAGCUUGUAAAUUUGCAAUUGUCUUUACUGCCUAUGUGAAAAGAAAUCUUUACACCUUACCAUUUUAUAAACAUGUAAAAAUAUUUCUGUAACAAAUAAAAAAAAGUGUUUUCUUUGUGAA